CCUGCAAAAGCGGGCCAGAUUUGGGGCGGAGGGUGGGUUACCGGAGCUAUAAGAGGAGGUCGCGAUCGCACGUGCUCCUCGCCUGAGGUGGGGUAGAAUUCUGUUACUAUGGGAACCCAUCCUCUCUGCGAUGCCCCUCGUUAUUGUCCGCCGAGCUUUCGGUCUCGCUAGAGACCUCCUGUCCCAACCGUUCCUUAGCGUGUGCGGGCCUUCUCGUGCUCCAUCCCAGCCCUUUUUCCAGAACACUUUUAGAUCCUCAUUCCUGGCAGUCAUCUCCCACCACCCCCAUCCCCUCCACCUACCCUUCAGCUGGCUUAGUCGGCAAACUCCUUUCCUUACAAAGGACAAUUUUGUCCCAACAUCAUGGCAAAUCACCUGAAGUUCAUUGCCAGGACUGUGAUGGUACAGGAAGGGAAUGUGGAAGGUGCAUACAGGACUUUGAACAGAAUUCUUACCGUGGAUGGGCUUAUUGAUGACAUCAAACGGAGGAGAUACUAUGAGAAACCAUGUCGUCGACGACAGAGGGAGAGCUAUGAGACUUGUCGGCGCAUCUACAACAUGGAAAUGGCACGAAAAAUUAAUUUCUUGAUGCGCAAGAAUCGAAUGGAUCCAUGGCAGGGCUGCUGAGGCCAAUGGGGAUAAAGAGACCCAAUGUGAAAACUCUCUACUGGGCAAUAACUAUGUCUCCACAGGUUUCUUCUAAGAGCCUCAAAAAUUGGAGAAUUUACUUUCCUCUUUUUCCAGCCUUGUUUUCCAUCCUAAUAUAUUCCCAUACAUACCUAUAUACUUGCAUGCAUGCCAGGUUUAGCCCCAUAUCAGUGACAUCAUUAAAUGUUCCUCACUCCUAUAUCUUUGAUUAAUAGACAACCCCACGGCACUAUUUCUUUGCCAUUCUAAAGAACCAGGGGGCAGACUUAAAAAAUGAAUAAGUGGAACAUAACACUUUAUUCUAUUCCUUGACCCCAAAUAGUUCCCAGUAAGGAAAACUGAGAACUAUAGACAAGAAAGACUCCCUAGCAUUAUUUAGAAAAAUUAUCUAUUCUUUCUAAUGAAUAAUUUCCUAAACUGAAAAAGGGCACUGCUCAUGUAGUUGGAAUAAAUUCUACUUUUGAACCAUCUCACCAGACUACUGGAUGAAAUCUUUCCCCAUGAGAAUUCCUGGAAAGCCUGCCAACCCUAACAUUCAUGCCUGUUUUCUGUCUUUUGUUCUGCUUUUGUAUUCAAGUUUGGGGAGGAGGGACAAGAAUAAAUUGGAGACAGGAGGUUGUGAUAAUAGGCAUAAAGGUGAAUAGGGGAGCAGUUAAAAUGUGAAAAAGUCGAGAAGGUGGAGCAUACGUGGGAUAGAUCUAAAUCAAGGAAACAAAGUGGAGUUUUACACCCCACCCCCAAUUUCUCUUCCCACAGCAGGUACUCUUGGGUAUGUGACACUGACAGCUUGUGGCAUUGGGCCACUGGAGGGAAAGCCAGCUGCUUUGCUUCCUCUCCUGCUGUCUGUUUGUUCUGGCUUCAGUUCCCAGAUAGCCGUGUUGCUGAUAUUAGGCAAGUAGACGCCAACCCCUGUAGGAGAUAGGGAGGCUGAGGUAGGUAGCCCACCCCCUCUUUCACACAGGCUGUAGCCUUCUGUAGCCUGCAUGGUGUUUAAAAGGGAAAUAAACAGUGUAGACUGCCAAGUUUCCUUCCUUCACAACUUGCAGAUAUUCAGACGUCUCCCUCUGGUGGUAAGGAAGGCUUACUCAUUUAUCUUCUUUUUAAUAUCUUCCCCUAGGAAUUCCCAUUUAUAGUGACAUCCUUAGUGAUUAAUAAAGCUGAAUCUGUAUAUGAUGUAA